UUCUAUUCAGUUAAACCAUACAUUUAUCCACAUCUCAUUUUUGAACAAGGUUUUAAAAGUCUUUGCAUGAUUUAUAUAAACCAUGAGUCCACCGCUUCUGUUUUGGAUGUGAUCGGAUGGAACGCUUCACUUUGGAAACCGUUGCUAAACAAAAGGGUCGAUAGCAGGAUUCUGACAUGUGGUUGUGGGCACUGCUUCCUCUGAGUCUGGCCGUGUUUGGUAUCUCUGGUAUUUGGAUAGUGUAUGCGAUAUCAGUGUCAAAUGGUACCAUCAACAUCACAGAAACAUUCCCUUACAUCAGUGAGUGUGGUGCUUAUGCGCCUCAGAGCACCAUCUUCUCUCAGUACUGCAACAUCUGCACAUUCCUGGGGCUGUGGAUCGUGAUCAUCCGUUUCCAGCAGAUCCGGGACUUCGGAGACCAUGGGAAGGCCAACAUGCUCAGUAUGAUUUUGGGAUUCAUCUCGUGUGUUGGAGUUUCAGUCCUUGGAAAUUUCCAGCAAUCUAUCCAGAGAGUGGUUCACCUGGUGGGGGCCUUCGCAGCCUUCACCCUGGGCUUGGGCUACUUCUGGGUGCAGCUGUUUCUGACCUACAGAGCCCAGCCCUCGUACGACCGGCACUGGGUGGGUCCAACCAGGGUCCUGCUCUGCUUCCUCUGCACCGUACUCAUCAUCACCAUGGUUGUUCUGGCAAACACGGGUCAUCGCUCUGGUGCAGCCAUGUGUGAGUGGGCCCUGGUCAUGCUCUUCUUCUGCCUCUUCGGUCUGUUUGGUGCAGAGUUCAGACACAUGGACUGUCACCACCUCACAGUGCAGAGACGUGUCCUGAAGCCCAAGCCUACCUCCAUGUUUGUGGUGUCCAACCACCACCUCACCCCCGUUCACAUCAGCUGAACGC